CAUGACCAGGGUCCAGUUGUAGCCAGCCAUUGAGGGGGGCAUGUAAGUCUCAGAGUGAUACCGAAUUGUAUCAUACUACUCAGUCAGUACACCAAUAUUUUGGCAAGAUGUAGAAUCGAGUGUAUUUCGCAAGGUAGUUUGAAUUUUGAAACCAGUGAAGAGUCAAGACGGCGCACAAAGAAAAGCCGAAUGUUUAUAUAUACGACUCGUAUGAUUGAUCUGACAGCGCUAUGGGGGGAGAAUGAUCUUGUAUCAAACUAAACACUGUGUGAUCAAGAGGACAUGGUCAUUGGUGUUGGUGUGCCUUGACAAUGAGAGGAACAAGAUGACGCUCGUGGCCAGGCUGGCAUACACUAUCACAGACAAGUUGAUUGCGAGUCUAGCAGUGAAAGCACAAACGCAAAACUCAAGCCAUUCAUCCACCGUCAUACGAAGCCUGCCGAAUGUGAUUUGGACGUACGAACAACUCGCGCCAUGGAACAAUCGUAUCCCUGCUGCCCGUUUUACCUUGAACCAGAGUGAAAUUCGAGUGAAAGCUUGGAUUACGUCCACUCCAACUCGUCGUGUCGAAGAUCUUAACAGCCAAGUCGGAAAUUAUAUUCGUCAGUCUGCUCGAUUUGCCUCUGGUCUAGAAGAGAUUGUCCAAAGCUUGUGA